AUAAAACCCCCGACAUUCUAGAAAAACAACCAUAAAUCAAUAUGCACAAGUUUGCAUUCAUUAUCGUUAUCUUCGGUUUCAUUAUUGCAACAAAUUCAAUCCAACAGACCGAUGAAAACAAUCAUCAUGAAGGAUUAAACGAGAAAUCCCGUGAACACCAUCAUCACGACUUGAAGGAAAAAUCGCACCAUCAUCAUGCGAAUGAAAAGUCUCAUCACCAAUUGCAGGAAAAUUCCCAUCAUGGAUUAAAUGAGAAAUCUCAUCACAGUUUAAAUGAGAAAUCUCAUCAUGGUUUAAAUGAGAAAUCUCAUCAUGGAUUAAAUGAGAAAUCUCAUCACGGAUUAAAUGAGAAAUCUCAUCAUGAAUUAAAUGAGAAAUCUCAUCAAAAACGCACCGAUAAAGCCCAUCAUGAAGCUCACGAAAGGCAUCAUGAUAAUCAUCAUGACUCGAUUCAUCAUCGAAGCCAUCACGGUUUUCAUCAAAGCGUGAGGGAUCAUGAUAAUAAGAAUUGCCGUUGGGUGUGCGAUGCAGAUUCUGGGAACAAUUCCAUCUCCGAAUUCGGCCUUAAAGUGAUAUACAACACAUCCACAUCAUUGAUUGCCUUCGAAAAUAUAGCAGCAAAGUUAGGUCUAGUGUUGAAUUACACGUCAAAUACCAUCCUGUUAAUCAACGGUAAAACCGGAGUGACUAUCAUCAUUGACAUAGCAUCUGAUAAGGUCCUGAGGGUGCAGCAGUCGUCGCAAACCGGCAACACUUUAUGGGAUUCCUCGAAAACGAGUUUCGAUGAGUACCUCGUAAAUUUGUCCGUACCGAGCGUUCUGGAAGUCGGCCUAAAAUACGGCCAGAAAAGCAACUUUUCGAAUCUAUCAGACGAGCUUUCCAAAGAAAUCAAUGAAGAUUUAAGGGAUCUCGGUUUACCUUUAACUAACGCAGAGGCUUUGCGAGGACUAUCGACGUUCGGUUCGUAUCUAAAGGACUUUCUGCAAGCUAUUUACAAAGGAAGCGGCUCGUUCGGCGUCCAACACAGCUUCACCUGGUUUUUGAAGAUAAAUCUAUUCUUAGGCAGCCUGUUGAACCCCGCUAACAGCGGCAUAGAUUUGUCUAAGGUAAACGUCAAUCCAGCCACCGUAUUUUCGGGCGGAAGCGGUGUAGAAAGCCUCAUUAAAUUAUUCACUCAAAUAGGCCAAAAUAUGAAUUUGUCGAAAUUAGCGACAAACGCGAUAUCAUCCAGAGACAAAGCCAUUAAAUUCCUCUCCGACGCCAGCGGAGGCUCAAACCACGGCAUCGACGGAGUCGUAACCAUUUGGGUCGAAAUAGCCAAGCUACUAACAGGCCAAGGAUCCUUCAACGGCGUAACUACAUCCAUCUUAAAAUUCAACGGUACCGGCUUGGACGAGCCGACUUUCUCCCAAGUAAUAGACCAAGGACUCGAAUUGAUGAAGCACCAGCAAAGCAUGUACCACACCGACGCCUUCGAUCGCCCCAUCGCCGUCCUCAAAUCCCUAUCGGACAACAAUCUCUUCCUGAGCAACGUUAACAUAUACGAUAUAGGGAAACUGUUCUUCUCGCCCAAUCCCCUCGACCGGUACGCCACCGCGCUGAAGGUGCUGACGAUUUGCUCGCCCCAAAAGGGCCUCGAGGCGUUCACGCGUUUCGUCAGCGAGGCCGGCAAAGAGUUCGGCCUGAACGCCUCCCAAUGGGCCAACUUGUGGCCCGGUCAAAACAUCACCCAGCUGUUGUCCAACGGUAGCGGAAACUUAUCGCAAAUACCUUUCAUAGGUCAGAUCGCGAGUCAAGGCGCCAAUCUCACGGGUCAAUUCCAGCACUUCGGGCACGACAUUCAAGCAGCCCUUGCGCCCAACGGGACCGGUUUCAGCGGAGUUGUUUCGAGCAUACAGAAUGGAAUCGGAAGUUUAUUAGGUGUUGGUAAUGGUAAUGGCAAUGGUAAUGGAAAUGGUACUGCUAAUGCUACCGGAUCUGCUUCGGCGUCUGGCAAUGAUAAUGGUAAUGGUACUGCUAAUGCUACCGGAUCUGCUUCGGCGUCUAUUGGUGGAGCUAAUAGCACCGAAGCGGCUUCUGAAAGUACAAAUGGUAGUACCGGCGAUGCUUCUUCGUCGAGUACUGAAGCUUCUGAUACGAGUAACACAUCGUCGGAAGCGGUUGGAGACCGUGCCGCCACUGCAGCCACUGCAGCCACUGCAGCCACUGCAGCCCCUCCGGCCCCUCCGGCCCCUCAAGCCCCUUCUAAAAUUAAAGGUUCUCGUAGUGCAGCCGCUGAAGCGCCUUCAGAUGGAGAAGAUACUCAAUCGGCAUCUAGAGGUUUGAAAGGCUACGUCGCUGGUGCCCUUGGAGCUGGUUGGAGUUUCGAAAACCGCAACAAGCGCGUGAAUAAAAAUCAAAAUUGAACACUUGUUACUACCAAAUGAAUUGUUUAAAAGUAAAGUGUAAAUAAAUAAGUGAAAUGUAUGUUUUGUA